GAAGGUUAGGUACUCAGAGGGACUUGGCUCUCCUCUUAGUGUGCUCUGCUGCUCUGCCAAACCUCUCUCUGCCUUUUCUUUGCACGUCCUUCCUUUUAGAACAUAGCAACCAUGUCUGUCCAAACAGUCAGUAGGACGUCUAUCAGGUCUAGCAGUGGCCGUUCGUCAGGAUCAGGCCUCAUGCAGUCAGGAUUCUCCUCCAGGUCAUCUGUGACGCCAGGCAGCUUUCAGACUAGCUCCGUCCGUAGGACAGGCACAUUCAGCUCUAGCUCUGCUUAUGGCGGUGGUUCUGGUUCUGGUUUUGGUUCUGGUUUUGGCAGUGGCGGGGGUUCUGGUUUUGGCGGUGGUUAUGGCAGUGGCAGUGGUUUUGGCGCUGGCUCUGGUUUUGGCGCCGGCUCUGGUUUUGGCGCCGGCUCAGGUGCUGGUUUUGGUUUUGGAGGUGGAGCAGGCCCUGCAAUCCCGAUGGUCACAAGCGUUCAGUUCAACCAGAGCCUGCUGACCCCCCUCAACCUGGAGAUCGACCCCAACAUCCAGGUUGUCCGUAACCAGGAGAAAGAGCAGAUCAAGACCCUGAACAACCGUUUCGCCAACUUCAUCGACAAGGUCCGUUUCCUGGAGCAGCAGAACAAAAUGCUGGAGACCAAAUGGAGUCUCCUUCAGGAGCAAACCACCACAACCUCCAACAUCGACCACAUGUUCGAGGCAUACAUCGCCAACCUGCGCAGACAGCUGGACGGGCUCGGCAACGAGAAGAUGAAGCUGGAGGGAGAGCUGAAGAACAUGCAGGGAAUGGUGGAGGACUUCAAGAAGAAGUAUGAAGAUGAAAUCAACAAGCGUGCCUCUGUGGAGAACGAAUUUGUGCUCCUCAAGAAGGAUGUAGAUGCCGCCUUCAUGGGCAAAAUUGAGCUGGAGGCCAGGGUAGAUGCUCUUCACGAUGAAAUUCAAUUCCUCAGAAGUGUCUACGAAGCGGAACUCAAUGAGCUUCAGGCACAGAUCAAGGACACCUCAGUCAUCGUGGAGAUGGACAACAGCCGCGACCUGGACAUGGACUCUAUUGUGGCUGAAGUCAGAGCUCAGUAUGAGGAGAUUGCCAACAACAGCCGAGCUGAAGCUGAGAAGUGGUACCAGCAAAAGUACCAGGAGAUGAAGGGUGAUGCAGAUAAAGCUGGAGAUUGCCUUCGCAACACCAAGAUGGAGAUUUCUGAGAUCAACCGCAUGAUCAGCCGCAUCCAGAAUGAGAUCGAGGCUGUCAAGGGACAGCGCUCCAAUGUGGAGGCCCAGAUCGCAGAGGCAGAGGAGCGUGGUGAGAUGGCGGUGAAAGAUGCCAAGCUCCGUAUCAAGAAUCUGGAAGAGGCCCUGCAGAAAGCCAAACAGGAAAUGGCCAGACAGAUCCGCGAGUACCAGGAGCUCAUGAACGUCAAGCUGGCUCUGGACAUUGAGAUUGCCACCUACAAGAAGCUUCUGGAAGGAGAAGAGUACAGAAUUUCCUCCGGUGGUGGCGCCACAAACAUCCGGGUGCAGUCUUCAAGCUGUAGUGUUGGGGGCGGUGCAGGUAUGGGUGCUGGCAUGGGCUUCGGCGUUGGCGGAUCAGGCUUUGGAGGAGCCAGCGUCUACGACUCUGGUUUUGCUGUUGGUGGAGCUGGAGGAUAUGGUGCCAUGAGUUCCAUGAGCACUAGCAGCCUCAGCUCAAAAAAGACCGCCCUGAUCACUAAUAGCCGUUAUUAAUAAAAAAUAUCCACAUUACUUGACUGCUUUGCUCCAUGCAUAUCCCACUCUAACUUUCACAACCCCAACAUGUCUUCAUAUCAUUUCUUGACCACUUACACCACCUGGGUGUGCUGGUGUUCAGACAAAACCAUAUAUAUGGUUUCUUUUGAUGUAGUUCUUCCUGUUCUACAAAUGAUAAAAAACAAUGUGAAAGCCUGACUGGUACUACCAGAUUGACAUUUGAUUGUACUAUUGAAACAUCUGUAAUAAAUCUUUCAGCCUUCA